AUGCUCUCACCUCCCUUUCGGUUGGGACGACACCUCCCUUCCCCCUCGGACCGCACCUCGAUUCCCUCUCCCCAUCACUCCCCUUCCCCUCUGGCCGCCUCUUCCCCCCCCUCAUGCUCUCACCUCCCUUUCGGUUGGGACGACACCUCCCUUCCCCCUCGGACCGCACCUCGAUUCCCCCUCCCCAUCACUCCCCUUCCCCUCUGGCCGCCUCUUCCCCCCCCUCAUGCUCUCACCUCCCUUUCGGUUGGGACGACACCUCCUUUCCCCCUCGGACUGCACCUCGAUUCCCCCUCCCCAUCACUCCCCUUCCCCUCUGGCCGCCUCUUCCCCCCCCUCAUGCUCUCACCUCCCUUUCGGUUGGGACGACACCUCCUUUCCCCCUCGGACCGCACCUCGAUUCCCCCUCCCCAUCACUCCCCUUGCCCUCUGGCCGCCUCUUCCCCUCUCCCAUGCUCUCACCUCCCUCUCGGUUGGGAUGACACCUCCCUUCCCCCUCGGACCGCACCUCGAUUCCCCCUCCCCAUCACUCCCCUUCCCCUCUGGCCGCCUCUUCCCCCCCCUCAUGCUCUCACCUCCCUCUUGGUUGGGACGAGACACAUCCCUUCCCCCUUAGGACAGCACCUACUUUCCCCUCUCCCCUACCCCUCUGGCCGCCUCUUCCGCCCCCCCAUGCUCUCACCUCCCUCUCGCACCUACUUUCCCCCUCCCCAUCACUCCCCUUCCCCUCUGGCCGCCUCUUCCCCUCCCCCAUGCUCUCACCUCCCUUUCGGUUGGGACGACACCUCCCUUCCCCCUCGGACCGCACCUCGAUUCCCCCUCCCCAUCACUCCCCUUGCCCUCUGGCCGCCUCUUCCCCUCCCCCAUGCUCUCACCUCCCUCUUGCACCUACUUUCCCCCUCCCCAUCACUCCCCUUCCCCUCUGGCCGCCUCUUCCCCUCCCCCAUGCUCUCACCUCCCUUUCGGUUGGGACGACACCUCCCUUCCCCCUCGGACCGCACCUCGAUUCCCCCUCCCCAUCACUUCCCUUCCCCUCUGGCCGCCUCUUCCCCUCCCCCAUGCUCUAACAUCCCUUUCGGUUGGGACGACACCUCCCUUCCCCCAUAG